UAUAUAUGACAGUGGAAAGAAACACAAGAUAUUCCCUUGAAGUGGAAAUGCAGUGUGUGGGAAAUUAUGCAGAAGGCAAUUAUGUGAUGUCCUGAACCUCAACACUUGUAUAGUGAUAUAUAAACAUCAAGAAAAUACAUGAUCAAGUUCUUGCAGAUAUAUGAAGAUAUCAAAAACAUGGAAGCAGAGGUGCAAUCAUUAGAAGAGCUUUCAAAGCAGCUAUUCCUGGAAAUAUAUGAGCUUCAUUAAGUAAAGACGUAUCACAUGAAUGAUGAAGAUGAAUUCUUUCUAGAAUCUGCAAUAGGGACAGAGAUUGCAUGGCAUCCAGAAUAGGUUUCUGGCACAGAAGCUCAAUAAGAUAUCUGGGAAGGGAUCAAAGAAACCUAAGCCAAUGACUAAUAAAAGCUUCUUUGGCUUUUUCAGUCCACCUGAAAUCCCAAAGAACCUGAAAGAUAUGAAAGAUACUGUUGAGGUAAUAGAUCUGAAAGACGAGAUGGAAAGGGAUUGUUUCUUUGGGUUGACCAUUUGAGAUGAGAUCAUCCCACGUGCCGUUUCAUGGUUUAUGGGGGAGGCUGGACUGGAGGAGAAUACCCAAAUAUCUGCACAGCACUCCAAUUUCCUCAAGAAUCUAUCAAAACAUGUCAGGGAGUGUGUUGGAAGUCUAAGAUUGAUCCAGGAAAAAUAUGAUGCAUUGAAAGCAGAGUUUGACAAGGAUAGAGCAUCAAUUCAAGCAAAAUAUCUUCAAUCAUGUCAAACUUUGUACGCACAGAUUAGCUUGGUAGAAAUGCCAGAGCGUAGCAAGAAAAAGUUGAUGGCUUUGACCACUAAUGUGAUGAGAGAUGAUAGUGAUAAGGGCCUUGGAUUACAAGUUAUGAAAUAUUUGGCUGCCAAAUAUGAAGAGCUAGGGUGUGGAGUGAAAUGGAUGGGCAAGCCUGAUAAGGUGAUCUAGUCACAUUGGUCUGGUUACCGCUGUUAACUUCACUUCAUGUGAACCUUUAGCUUAAUACAUAUUUCUCUUGCACUUGACUACCAAGAUGAAUUUUGAGCAAGGCUACUUUUUGCUUUGAAGCAAAGUUUGGUGUAGAAAUUAAUUUUGUAGAUUGUUGCUCAUAUGUUUCUAGGCUAUCCUUUGUAGGUUUUGGGGUUUUUUUGUGUGACAUAUGUUCAAUCAUGAAUUUGGAAAGAAAAUUAAUGGAAAGCCCAAUUUUUGGAUGA